ACUGCCCAGUCUACACUGCAUUUCACUACUCUGUCCCCUGUAGCUGAAGAUGGCCUCCACAAAGGAGAAACUCAUUGCUCAUGUGAGUAAGGAACAGCCCGCAGGGCCCACGAACAAGGUGACGGUGGUCGGAGUGGGAAUGGUGGGAAUGGCCGCCGCCAUCAGCAUCCUCCUCAAGGAUCUGACUGAUGAACUCGCCCUGGUGGACGUGAUGGAAGAUAAGCUGAAAGGAGAGGUUAUGGACCUGCAGCAUGGAAGCCUCUUUCUCAAGACACACAAGAUCGUGGCGGAUAAAGACUACAGUGUGACGGCAAACUCCAAACUGGUGGUUGUGACUGCUGGAGCCCGUCAGCAGGAGGGCGAGAGCCGCCUCAACCUCGUCCAGAGGAACGUCAACAUCUUCAAGUUCAUCAUCCCCAACAUCAUGAAGUACAGCCCCAACUGCAUCCUCCUGGUGGUCUCAAACCCAGUUGACAUCUUGACUUACGUGGCCUGGAAGUUGAGCGGUUUGCCCAGGAACCGUGUGAUCGGCAGCGGCACAAACCUGGACUCUGCUCGUUUCCGUUACCUGAUGGGAGAGAAGUUGGGCAUCCACCCAUCCAGCUGCCACGGUUGGGUCGUCGGAGAACAUGGAGACUCCAGCGUUCCCGUGUGGAGCGGCGUCAACGUGGCUGGUGUGUCCCUUCAGAGUCUGAACCCUGACAUUGGUACCGAUAAAGACAAGGAGGACUGGAAGAGCGUCCACAAGAUGGUGGUUGACAGUGCAUAUGAGGUUAUUAAACUGAAGGGUUACACCUCCUGGGCGAUUGGUAUGUCUGUAGCUGACCUGUGUGAAAGCAUCUUGAAGAACUUGCACAAGUGUCAUCCAGUUUCUACUUUGGUCAAGGGAAUGCAUGGUGUGAAUGACGAGGUCUUCCUCAGCAUACCUUGCAUCCUGGGUAACAGUGGCCUGACAGAUGUUGUCCACAUGACCCUCAAACCAGACGAGGAGAAGCAGCUGGUGAAGAGCGCCGAGACCCUGUGGGGCGUUCAGAAGGAGCUGACCCUGUGAACCGCCGCCUUGUCCAAAAUGUAGCCAGUGUCACAAAGUACAAACCUCAAUGAGUCCUGCCUAUCAAUCUCCUGGCUUCAUAAACCUUACUGCCUUUAACCAUUAGAAAUCUACACGCCAGUCUCAGACCUUUAGACUGUAACACUCCUUAUUUUAGAGGUUUUAGCUCUGCAGAGGCGAAAUCGUUUAUUCCUGUUGUCUUUACAGAGAUCAUCACCCUUUGUAAACGUUCGUGUCUAUGUUCACACUAUUGUUAUUCGAGUAAGAAGCACUUGCGAGCAGGAUGAUGUGCAAUUUGAGUAUUUUAUUCUGAUCUGAGGUCAG